CGCUACAAAACUGCUGCCUCGUAAACUCCCGUUUGCUAACCCCAGGCCCGUUGGCUUCUUUCUUCCCCAGGAUCAUGAUCUUCAUCAUAACCAUCCUCCUCCUCGCCGCCGACUUUUACUACCUCAAGAACAUUGCCGGCCGCCGACUCGUGGGACUGCGGUGGUGGAACGAGGUGGACGUGCAGACGGGCGACUCGCAGUGGGUCUUUGAGAGCAGCGAGCCCGGCACCAAGACGAUCAACCCGACCGACAGCCGCUUCUUCUGGCUCGCGCUUUACGUCCAGCCCGUCCUCUGGAUCCUGCUUGCCGUCUUUGCGCUCGUGAGGUUGCAGUUCUUGUGGCUGCCGCUUGUUGUCAUCGCCCUGGUCCUGACCAUCAUGAACGCCAUGGCCUUUUCGAGAUGCGACAAGUUCAGCCACGCGUCCAACUUGGCCGGAAGUGCCCUCUACUCUGGCGGUCUGGCGGGAAGCAUUGCGAGCGGCAUGGUCGGCCGCCUCUUCAACCGCGGUUAAGUCACAUUCACCGUCUUUGGUGUAGAGCACGACAUCGGGGUUGUUUUUGGAGCUAUUUGCAAGAUGACGAGUCAGCGGGUUAUCCUUCAGCAGAGAGGAAAGCUCUGUUUCUGGUCUUGAUGUGGCCGUUGUUGCCAACGCAAAAGCAAAGAGGUAGAGGAAGGACAACCGCAGAAACCCACAAAAAAAAACCCCGAGCAUACAGCCCGUUUUCGCCUCAAGGCCGGAACGAAAAGUGGUGGUUUGUGAUAUUGCUAUACCCAAGCUGUAUACUAGACAUGUAAGCAUGACCAGGAAGGUGUUUUUUUUUUUCUUUUUUUCUUUUUCAAAUGAUCAUAGGCUUUUUCUUUCUGUUCUUCAAAAAACAAGGGCAGCGCUGUCCAGCCUACC